AUGGGACGAGUUAUUAGAAGUCAGAGGAAGGGAAGAGGCUCAGUGUUUAGAGCCCAUACCCACAAGAGGAAGGGCGCAGUGAAGCUCAGACGCCUCGACUACGCAGAGACACAUGGUUAUAUAAGAGGUGUUGUAAAGGAUAUAGUUCAUGACCCAGGAAGAGGAGCUCCACUGGCUAAAGUAGUAUUCAGGAAUGCAUACAAGUAUGGCCUUGAUAGAGAGUUGUUCGUAGCAGUUGAAGGACUUUAUACAGGCCAAUUUGUAUACUUCGGAUCAAACGCAUCCUUGGCAGUAGGGAACUGCCUACCACUUGGAAAAAUGCCAGAAGGUACAGUGGUAAGCUGCCUUGAAGAAAAGAAAGGUGAUAGAGGGAGAGUAGCAAAGACAUCAGGAAGUUAUGCAACAGUAAUUAGUCAUUCUGAUGAUGGAAAAACUACUAGAAUCAGACUCCCUUCAGGAACUAGGAAGACAGUUAGCUCAGCAGCUAGAGGUAUUGUGGGAGUCGUUGCUGGUGGUGGAAGAAUUGAUAAGCCACUCCUUAAGGCUGGUGUAUCCUAUCACAAGUAUAAAGCCAAGAGAAACUGCUGGCCUAAAGUUAGAGGUGUGGCAAUGAACCCAGUCGAACAUCCACAUGGUGGUGGUAACCAUCAGCACAUUGGACAUCCCUCAACCAUUUCCAGACUUGCUCCACCAGGACAGAAAGUUGGUCUCAUCGCCGCCAGAAGAACUGGUCUUCUACGUGGUAGUAAGAAAAAGAAGUUCGCUAAAGAAUCUUAA